GUUUAUAUCGUCUGCUGACUUAGACUUCCACUUAUAACUUGGCUGGUGUGUAUCUUGGGAUUCUGAUUUCGGUGGCGUCAGACAAAUGAGAGAUAAAUCUUCUAUUGGACUGGAUGCCAAUCUAUAGCAGUAUAAAUCAGUGAUUUCUUGGAAACAUUAGAAGAUUUGCAACCAUGGAUACUUUGUUCAUACACCACACAUGCUGCAGUCCACUUUGCCAACAUCCUUAUUGUUGGAAAUCUGAAAAUAACAUAGAAUAUUGCUGUCCUUUGAAUACACAAGGAAAAUGUUCAAAAACGUCAAAUAAUGGAGACAAAAUCAUCAAAGAUAAAGAAAUUAUCAUAGUUCCAAUACCAGUGUUAGAUUUAGCAAGUUCAUUUGCACUGGAAAAUAACUACACACCAGUGAAGCAUACCAAUUGUAGAUUUUGGAAACAUGUUGCUCUAAUGAAAUCCAAAUCACUGGCAAAUCAGAGUGUUAAUGCUAUUAAAUGUCACAAAAAGGAAAAUACUGUGAUAAAUCUAUGUAUGGUGGAAAGUCGUGUAUGCUCACCUUCGGACAAUAAACAUUUUCGGAACCAAAUGAAUCUUGAAGAUAUCUGGAUUCUUCCUAAAGGAAAAAAGAAAAACAAAAGAGUGCGAAAACCUUCGACAAAUUUUAAUGAUGCAUCACCUUUCUUCAAGAACAAUACAAAAGAAAUAUCAAGCAAUAUUUUGAACAAAUUCACUCAUGAGGCUUCUCCAAGGAAGAUUGGUUUCCACAAAUCAUAUUUGAAAAGGAACAAACACAAAGCACAUUAUCAAACCGUUUCGGCUGAUACACCCUCCAGCCCUCAUCACGUGUCGUGGGAAAAUUCCGAAGUUGGAUUCUCAUUCCUAAGGCGAAAUCAGUGUGAUGAAAGAGAAGGAAGGUUUCAUUCAUCCGCUUCUGCUACUGCUGCUGGACACGAGAAUGGAUUUACUUUAAUACAAGGUAAAGGAUUAUGUACCCGCUCUGCUACAACUUUCAAGACAUGGUCGACAGUACCUUCGCCAGGUAAAAAAGAAACAAAACCGUUAAGCAAGAAAAUAACCGGCACUAAGUUAAAACCAGAGGUAAAACUUCUUAAAGAUAAUGUUUAAUCAACGGAAAGAAGAUGGAAGGAAGCCAAAAGAAUUUAAGUCAAGUAACAAUAAAAUGAUUUU